AUGGCCGAGGCACCGGGGAGCCCUUCGCCACUGCCCGCGGGAAGGAAAAAAAAAAGCAUAUCUAUCGAGGAGAAAAUUGACAUCAUCAGCGCGGUGGAGAGUGGCAAGAGAAAGGCAGACGUGGCAGCAAAGUACGGCAUAAAGAAGAACUCGUUGUCUUCAAUUAUGAAGAAUAAAGAGAAAGUUUUGGAAGCCUUUGAAUCUUUGGGAUUUGAUCCUAAAAGGAAAAGACUGCGGACUGCUUUUUACACCGAUCUGGAGGAGGCAUUAAUGAAGUGGUACAGAAUCGCUCAGUGCUUGAAUGUGCCGGUAAAUGGUCCUAUGUUGCGCCUCAAAGCGAACGAUUUUGCCCAGAAGCUUGGCCAUGGUGAUUUUAAGUGCAGCAACGGCUGGCUUGACCGUUUCAAGUCAAGGUAUGGGUUAGUAUUCAGAGCUCAGCCGGUAGGAGCAGCUGCAACUGCUACGGUGGACGCUUUGACUCUUUGGUACCAAAAUGUUCUUCCUUACUAUUUGAAUGACUAUCAGCCAAAAAACGUGUUUAAUGUAAAGGAGACUGGGCUGUUGUAUCAGAUGCUACCUAAUAAUACAUUUUCAUUUAAAGGGGAAACGUGUUCUGUUGGUAAGCUAAGCCAAGAGAGAAUAACUGUUGUGGUUGGCACGAAUAUGGAUGGCUCCGAGAAGCUUCCUUUGCUUGUUAUCGGAAAAAACAGAAGUCCGUGCAGUUUCAAAGAUGUGAAGUCGCUACCGGUGGAUUAUGAAGCAAAUGGUAGGGCCUGGAUGACUUCAGAAGUGUUUGAACAGUGGAUGCAUAAACUUGAUGAGAGAUUUCAAGCACAGCAGCGACGAGUCGUUAUUUUUGUUGAUCCUCUCCCAGCGCACUCAGAGGUAAAGCAUCUGAAGGCUAUUGAUUUAGUGUUCUUUCCUCCAGACGCUUCUUCAUGUAUAGCUAUGAAACAAGGGGUUAUCAGAAGCUUGAAAGUUAAAUACAGGCACUGUCUUUUCAAGAGAUUUGUUGACUGUGUAAUAGGAAGUAAAGAGUUUAUGCUGACUCUUCUUGAUGCGGUUGAGAUGUUGCACCUGUGUUGGAGUCAAGUCACACCAGAGACUAUUGUUAAAAGUUACAGUGAAGCAGGAUUCAAGAUAGAAACUGAGAAAAAUGGUAAUAAUGACACAGAGGUUGAAAGUGAUUUUGACUUGAUUGCACAUGCACUGGCAGCAGGAGUAGAGUUUCCAGCAGGUUUAUCUUUGGAGGAAUAUGCAGUUCUGGAUGAUGGUCUGGCAAUUUGUGAAAUGCCUGCAAAUAAUGAAAGGAUGUUUCAAAGUGCCAAAAAAAGCACUUCAGAUCAAGCUGGGACAUCUGUUGAUGAUGAAGGUGGUGAUGAAGGUGAUGGAUCUCUGGCAGCCGAACAGCCUUUGCCAUCAAAAAAUGAGGCUCUGAGCGCUUUAGAUACCCUUCGAAGGUUUCUCAGGAGUCAAGAUGCGAAUGAUUCUCUUCGUAAUUCCCUUGCUGACCUGGAGGAUUUUAUUCAACAUGUAGAAUGUAAAUAA